UGAAUACAGCCAGCAUGACCGUUUGGGAGAUCAGUAAACCUCCAAAACAUCUAGGAGACUACAAUCACAUCAAAUCAGUCUAAUCAAAUACAGCAUUUACACGACCUGUGUGCUUUUGCUAUAGUUGUACAAGCCAUCCCAGACCUCUUCUCUUUGUAACAUGGAGGUAGAGGAGGUGGUGCUGGAAGCUACCUUUCUGCUUCAAACCUUGGACUUGACCCAGUUUUAUUAAGUAGCCUCCAUCAGGCAUAGCUCUGCUGCUCUGAGUUCCAAUAUUCACACAGACUUUCAUCAAUGUUUUUGAAACUACUACAAAUACGAAUAGUGUUGGAUCUUAAAUGGCAUACUCAAUAUGUCACCGUUGCUAAGCAACAGGAAAGCUAGAAUUCUAACAGCUCAGAGCAUACUGGUUAUUUAGAAAGUAUUUGUUUUUUUUAAAUUUUUGAAAGUCAAGCAAAAAAUGAAAUGAAAUAAAGUGUUUGGCAUUAAAUCUGUCAGUAUAUAGCUUUUUAUCAACGCCUGGCAGGUUGAAAGUAAAUGAAAACAACUCAAGACAACUUCAUUUAAAGUCAGGUAAGUAGCUAGUUAGCAAACGCUACCAGCUUUCGCUAAGUCAUUUUAUCCAAAUGACAAAGAAGCAUUCAAUCACUCAGUCAAACUAUUUACAGAGGUAGUUUAUGUCUUGGUAUCUGUGUCAAUGUGUGAACACAAACUCAGCUAGCUAUUGAUUGUUACUAACUGGCCUCACAUCAACAGCCAAACUACAAGCACCAGUUGGGUUUAGGUGGUAGAAGACAACAGGAGACAGAGAAAAACAAAUUAGCUACUAAAAUGUCUGAUACUGCUGCGCUAGCUAGGUUCAAUUAUAAUCUCACUUGUUCCUUGUAGCUACUUAUACAGUGAAAAAGAAAAGAAAAAUCCAUUUUAACAGGAUGGAUAUGCGAACGAAAAAAAUCCCUGCUAUCUUUCAAUUUUUGUUGAAACUUGUUAUUGGCUCAGUUGCAUGGUUAUAUUUGAGGCUAUAUUUGCUUUGAUGUUCUUGUCAUGGACUGCCGAAAGACAAGGUGUUUCCUGUGCAGACAUUCUUCAUAAAUCAUAAUCUGUAACUGAUAUAAACAUUAACAUUACUAAAUCAAACUACAAGAAUUUGCGUACAGAUCUUUCUGUUAUGCACCCCCCAGUAUUUUGCUUUAUUAUAUACUUUACUAUAAUUCAGAUAUAAUCUUUCAAUGUAAUAAUCACACAACCCAGACUGAUGGUCUCACUGCUCUGAACAGAAUAUUUAUUCUUUUUUUAUGUUGUGUGUCCUUUUACUGAGCUUCAUUUUAACAUGCUUAAAGUUGUAGUCCUAAUUUUCAAAUUAAAAUAGGAAAGUUAUUCAGUGGUCUGGAUAGUAGCUUAUCGAUCAAAUGUCAUUACAGGUAACAGGAAGUCUCCGAAUAUCCUUUCAAGUCAUUAAUUCUGCAACUAUGAUGUCCAAACUAAGAAAAACGUGGUCCUGCGUCUGUAGCAAGUCCGGCAGCACUGAUAGCAUUGAGGCCCUGAAUGACUUGGAUGAAACCCAGGAAGAUGAUGGUGUUGGCCCAGGGGGAACCGGAACCCUUGGCACAGAACUGUUGCAAUUGAGCCUAAUGUGUGGUAGAGAUGGCGAUGGUUCUACUGCUAUUGGAGGACCUGCUGACUCCACAAACAAAACCCCUGACCAUUCUCAAGUUUCAGGGUUUGAUUCUGUAUGCCAAGACAUGCACAGGCUCCAGGAAGACCAAGGUCAACUUGUGAAAUGUUUUGAAAAUUUAACCAUCUUCCACCAAAGCAACUUCUUGGUGAUCAUGGAGGCUGUACAAGAACGGUGUGAUGUUUUAGAAGAGCAACUCACUGACUUUGCAGAACUGUUUCAGAAUGAGAUUUCCAACUUGACAGAGGAACUUGCCAGUGUGGAGGAGGAGAUUUCUCACCAGUCUCAUGAAGGAGUGACCAACAUUCAUGAGGCGCUCAAUGCUCUUCAGUCACUCCUCUCUGACAUGGAGCUGGAGCAGCAGCAGCAUAGUUGGGAGAACGCCACAGACCAGACUCUUCUUGGAAAACUAAUCGAUGUGCUGCUAGUUUUCCUGGAGUUUGUGGCCACAGCAGUUAACUAUCUCAUCCCACUGAUGAAACCACCAGGCCACAUGCUUUCAAUACUGCUUUUAGUACUCUUCCAUCUUCUCUGGAGGCACUGAGAUUCCCAUUUGAGUAUCCCAAGUUUUCUCUGCCCUUAAUGUCCUGAAAAGGAGACCAUCAAUGAAACUGAAUCUUCAUUAAUAGUUCAGUGGACUCUUUACAGAAGUUAUCCAUCCAUCUUUAAAACUCACAAUAUUCCUGCCAAGAAGUCAAAUUUAGUAGUCUAAAAAAAAAAAAAUGAAA